AUGGGCGACCCGCCAGCCAAGACCGCCAUCGUGACUGGAGCUAACGCCGGAAUCGGCAGGGAGGUUGCGCAAGGACUGGUGGCCAGGGGAUGGCGCGUCAUCCUCGCGUGCCGCGACACCCGGGCGGCGGGCCGCGCCGCCGAGGACAUCGCGCGGGAGGCGCCCGGCGGCGCGGUGGAGGUCGGGCCCGCGCUGGACCUGGCGGACAACGGCAGUGUGCGCAACUUCGUUAAGGGGAUUGGCGAUCGUCCUGUGCAUUUGUUGGUGAACAACGCGGCCGUGAACUUCGUCCCAAAGUGGCACACAGAGGACGGUGUUGCAGGCAUGGUGCAGGUCAACUACCUGGGCCCCUACCUACUGACCCGCCUCCUGGCCCCCUCCCUGCGCGCUUGCGCCCCCUCUCGCGUCGUCCACGUCUCCUCCGUCAUGCACCGCCUGACCCACAUGCCCCGCCCCGCCGCCUUCCUCUCCACCUGGUCCCCAUCCUGCUACGCCAACACAAAGCUCGCCAACAUCCUCUUCGCCAACGAGUUUCACAGGCGGGAGGGGCCCCUUGGAGUGCACAGCUGCGCCGUGGACCCUGGCGGUGUGCGAACAAGAAUCUACGCUGGAUCGAUCUACGCUCGGCCCCCGCUGUCUUGGGCGGUCGAUCUUCUGUUCGCCCCUCCGAGCGACGGCGCGCAGGCCGUCCUGCACGCGGCCACCUGCGACUGGCCGCCCACCAUUGGCAGGGAUUCGCUCGAACAUGGCCCAGGCACGCGGUCGGAAAGAAGAGAGUUGCUGCAAAUUUUAAGGAAAGGUCAGAGUCCGGUGGGUCAGUCGGGAUCGCGGCGUGGGUCAGCGAGUAAUGGCUUCAGUUUCUACGCGCGGGGGCUGUUCGCCUCGCCGCUGGUGACGCGUUGGGGCGGCGGGGGGGAGGGAUGGCAGGGCGCCGCCUGGGGCGCUGUGUACGCCUUGGUGUUGGCGCUGCACGCGGCAAUGGAUUAUCCGAUCAGGCGGAUGUCGGGGGGACGGUGGGGCGGCGGCACGAGGGCGGUACCGGCGGCUCCGCAGGCGGGCGACGCCCGGCUGGCGCUGGAGCUGUGGAACUCUUCCGCCGAGAUCGUGGGGCUGCCCAGGCAUUCAUAG